AUGGUGCUGUCGAUUCUGGUGUCUCUGAUUACCGUACGUGCCAUAUUGGCAGACACUAUGAGCACAGUCCAGGAGAGCAAGGGAGCAUGUGCCCUGCAGACGAAGAUGAAGAAGGACGGCGCACAGUUUGUGACCUGCAGCUCAGAGGAGAUCAUGUGCCAUGAUUCCACGACCAUGACGGACAGCUGCCAUCCGAAGAGCACAGGCUGCCCUGUGACAUGUCCUGCCGGUGAGCAUGUGUGCCACAUGCCGCCGAGCUGUGAUGGCUGUGAUGGCUACAACUGGUGCUCGUCCUACACUUGCCCGGUGUAUUGCGGCGUGGAUGAGGUGAUGUGCCAUGAUUCCACAACCAUGACGGACACCUGCCACCCAGCAGCCACAGGUUGUCCGGUGACGUGUCCUCCCGGCGACCAUGUGUGCCACAUGCCGCCCACCUGCGACACCUGCCAUGGCUACAGCUACUGUUCCACCCACUCUUGUCCAGUCUAUUGUGGCAUGGAUGAGGUGAUGUGCCACGAUUCCGCGACUAUGACGGACAGCUGCCACCCAGCCAGCACAGGUUGCCCGAUCACGUGUCCCCCCGGUGACCAAGUGUGCCACAUGCCACCGUCAUGCGAAGGCUGUGAGGGACACAGCUACUGUUCCCCCAGCGCGUGUCCGGUGUAUUGUGGUGUGGAUGAGGUGACGUGCCACGAUGCCAACACCAUGACGGACAGCUGCCACCCAGCAAGCACAGGUUGCCCGGUCACGUGUCCUCCCGGUGACCACUUGUGCCACAUGCCGGCCACAUGUGACACCUGCCACGGAUACAGCUACUGUUCUCCCAGCUCUUGUCCAGUGUAUUGCGGUGUGGAUGAGGUGAUGUGCCAUGAUUCCACCACCAUGACGGACAGCUGCCAUCCGAAGAGCACUGGCUGCCCCGUCACCUGUCCCCCCGGUGACAACGUGUGCCAUGUGCCGCCGCCAUGCGACACCUGCGAUGGAUACAGCUACUGUUCUCCUGGGUCUUGUCCAGUCUAUUGUGGCAUUGAUGAGGUGGUGUGCCAUGAUUCCACCACCAUGACGGACAGCUGUCAUCCG